AUGUUACAACUACAACCAGAUGCUCUGUACAACAACUGCAGCCAGCGAACACAUCAGUUACGGUCAAAUAACCACCAGAUUAUAGCAGACUCCAAAGAGAACGUACACAUCCGACCAUGGCAAGCUGAAGAUUAUGAUGGUGUUUGGUCAGUUCUGAAAGAUGCUAGCUACAGCAACAUAAAUCCAACAUUCAUUGUCAUCUUGCAGAAGCCCUUUCUGUGGGCAGUAAACAUGAUUUUAUUAUCUGUGGGAUUUGCCAGAGAACUAUCUGUCAUAUUUCUUGUAGUGUGUUUUCUUGGAGAGCUAUGCUUGAUUUAUGCCAUGUCAGUCCUUGGUGCUAUAAUCUAUUUGUAUGGUCAAACACUGUCAGAUAUAAAAGAUAUCAAGACAUCAUAUUUUACAACUCCAGACCACCAUUUCUGGGUUGCCGUAUGCCAAGGUGAAAUUGCAGGGACAGUGGCUGUUGUACGGAAAGUACCACAGUUACAUGGUGCCCCCUGCAAGAAAGACCCAACAUCUGAGGAUUGCAGCAGAGGUAAAAUAGCUUGGUUACGACGUAUGGCUGUUUCGAAGAGGUUCAGAGGUUUAGGAGUUGCAAAGCAAUUGGUAAAGACAUCACUAGAAUUCUGUCAAAGCAGGAAUUAUGAAAGUGUGUUUCUGAUCACCACAGAAGUUCACCAUGCUGCCAGAUCUUUGUAUUCAAAUAUGGGAUUCCAACUAAUUGCCUGCAAGCCUUACAGAUAUUUAAAGGGCCUGUUGACAAUUAAAACAUUUGAGUUUGAAAUGGUUCUCAGAUAA